ACAUCUUUCCUCAAAUAAUCCACUCAGGAGUCAAUAGCCCUGCAGACGAGGAAUAUAAUUUCAGUUCCUCCAAGCAUCCCACCAGAUUGGGGGUGGUAAUCUUUUGUUACAUCAAAGGCGAUAGGUGUAUUCCAACAUGUUAGAUACAGUAGAUCUAAGGGUCUGGUAUAUGUACAGAAUGGAUAGCCAGAGUGAGUGCGGUAUAUUAGCCCACUAUUGAGAGAGCCAUUUGAUGGGUCUCCUUCCAGAAAAGAUGAUUCUGGAUUCGCAACAUUCUCGCGUCUUCAAAUCGCAAAUGGGUUUCGAAGCUCGGCAAGAGUCGCCAAACUCCAACCGCGGGCUCAACGACCGUGGAGCACAAGUCAUUAUCAUUGUAGCAGUGUUCUGGACGAUCGCAACGAUAUCUGUUGUACUGCGACUUCAUGCUCGUCGUAUGAAAAGAAUCGCGUUCAUGAUUGAAGACUGGCUGGUGGUAGGAGCGUUAGUAAUCUUUUAUGGGUUUGGGAGUGGAGACAUAAUGCUAGUCGUUUUUGGGGGUUCUGGAUGGCAUGUGGAUCAAUUGAAUCCCGCACAGCUCAAGACAGCUCAAAAGGUCUUGCUUGCAAAUCAAAUGCUGUAUGGUGUUGGGCUUGGAUUAAUCAAAUGUAGUAUCACCAUCAUGCUGAUCAGGAUAUUUGCGGUCCCGAGAUUCAGACUCGCAGGAUACUUUGUCUUGGCAAUGUGCAUCUCAUGGACCGUAAUGACAAUCCUGAUAGCUUUCCUGAUCUGCCGUCCAUUGGGCUACAAUUGGAAUCUUCAACCCACUGCUGGGCAUUGUGGGAAUACGAUAUCUGCCUAUACAGCCGUUGGUAUUGUAGAUAUCAUCACGGAUAUGAUGAUUCUUUUACUUCCCCAACCUAUCAUUUGGAGGCUACAAAUGCCAACGGCAAAUAAAAUAGCACUUGCAGCCUUGAUGUGUUUUGGUUUGUUUACUAUCUCUAUGAGCGUUGCACGAGUGAUAACAAUUCUAAAUACCGAUUUCUCGGAUUUUACUUACAAUCUUUACAAUUAUAUCUGGCCCGUGAUAGAGUUCGGUGUUGCUAUCUUCGUUUGCUGCGGUCCCUUGUUGCGUCCUAUCUUGACCCCCAUUAUUGGGGCUCUUGCCUCGAUCAGAACUCGACUGGAGUCAAAACAGGAUUCAAGAAGACAGAGUUCGACGAUCAAAAGAGGGGGCCACCGUGGAUUCAGUCAAUUGGAUGAAGAUGGUUUGCCCCUUCGGCCGAUCGCGAAAGGAACGCACACCAACACUAUUAGCGCCACCAUCGACACCCGGAAGAACGGAACAGGCACUUCCGGCAACGCUGGAUCUUCUGAUAAUACGGCCAUUGUGGUAGAGACUGCUUGGGAUUGUGCAUAAUCUCCAGCAUUUCUCUAAUUUGGGAUCGGUGAUGAACUGCCAAUUUGAUUAGCAGGUAGGGUUCUAGGCACUAGCUAGGAUAAGAGAAUGAGCACUAGCACGAUGUGGGAAUGAGUAGAAGAUAAUUAUGUGAAGUUAUUAUCAAGAUGCAUGUCUGGCAACUUGCAAGGGGCCUUUGGAAACACCUUUCUAGUGUCUAGAAUCCAGUGUAAGAACACUUUUGUAACGCUAAGUAUGGUCCCCUCAGGAUCAACAAUCCAAUGUUUCUUUGCGUUAAUUGUAGGGAUAGCAAACCUAUAGCUACUACGUAGGGUGCUUUAGGAUCCGCACCACCAGUGGGUGCACAGACUCACGGGACACUUCCAAAUUUUCAAUAUUUUUCAUAAAUUCA